GGAGUUUGAGUGAGAGAUAUAAGGAAGGAAGGGAAGUAAGCAGACACAGACGCUGGUGGCCACCAGAAUUUUGAGCCUCUUUGGUAGGAGUAGGCUGGAAGAAAGGACAAAAGUGGCUCUGGCUGUGAUGGGGAUCUUACUGGGCCUGCUACUCCUGGGACACCUAACAGUGGACACUUAUGGCCUUCCCAUCCUGGAAGUGCCAGAGAACAUAACAGGACCUUGGAAAGGGGAUGUGACUAUUCCCUGCACCUAUGGCCCCCUCGAAGGCUACACUCAAGUCUUGGUGAAAUGGCUGGUACAUCGUGGCUCAUACCCUGUCACCAUCUUCCUACGUGACUCUUCUGGAGACCAUAUCCAGCAGGCAAAGUACCAGGGCCGCCUACAUGUGAGCCACAAGGUUCCAGGAGAUGUAUCCCUCCAACUAAGUACCCUGGAGAUGGAUGACCGGAGUCACUACAUGUGUGAAGUCACCUGGCAGACCCCUGAUGGCAACCAAGUGGUGAGAGAUAAGAUCACUGAGCUCCGUGUCCAGAAACUCUCUGUCUCCAAGCCCACAGUGACAACUGGCAGCGGUUACGGCUUCAUGGUGCCCCAGGGAAUGAGGAUUAGCCUUCAAUGCCAGGCUCGGGGUUCUCCUCCCAUCACUUAUAUUUGGUAUAAGGAACAGACUAAUAACCAGGAACCUAUCAAAGUAGGAAACUUAAGUACCUUACUCUUCAAGCCUGCAUUGGUAGCCGACUCUGGCUCCUAUUUCUGUACUGCGAAGGGCAAGGUUGGCUCUGAGCAGCACAGCGACAUUGUGAAGUUUGUGGUCAAAGACUCUUCAAAGCUACUCAAGACCAAUACUGAGGCACCUACAACCAUGAGCUACCCCUUGAACGCAACAUCUACAGUAAAGCAACCCUGGGACUGGACCACUGACAUGGAUGGCUACCUUAGAAUGACCAGGGCUGGGCCAGGAAAGAGCAUGCCUAUCUUUGCCAUCAUCCUCAUCAUCUCCUUGUGCUGUAUGGUGGUUUUUACCAUGGCCUAUAUCAUGCUCUGCCGGAAGACAUCCCAACAAGAGCAUGUCUGUGAAGCGGCCAGGCACUAUUCAACUUUGGCAUCUUGCCACCAGAAGAGGAGCGGGAGACUCAGCUCUGCCAGCUCAGAGGACCAGCUGCAUCCAGGAUCAUUUCUCCUUCUUCAGGGCCAGACAUCUUUUAAUUGAGAUUGUCAUAUCACAGACCAGGGCUCGGUUCUGUUCCUGCACUGAAAGUCUAAUGUUCUGACUCUUAAUGCUCAAUAAAUAUCUAAUCAUAACA